UCCGCGAAUGCGCUCCGUAGGCGCAGUCCGCGCGCAGCGGCGUCCCGGCACUUUCUCUAGGCUUCUCCGCGGCGGGCGGAUCCGGGUAUGGGCGCCGCGAUGCGCCCCCUGCUCGGCCUCGUCCUGGUCUUCGCCGGCUGCACAUUUGCCCUGUACUUGUUGUCGACGCUGCUACCCCGCGGGCCGAUAGUCGGCUCCGCCGAGGAGGCUGGAGGCAGGUCACUGUGGUUCCCCUCAGAUCUGGCCGAGCUGCGGGAGCUCUCUGAGGUCCUCCGGGAAUACCGGAAGGAGCACCAGGCCUACGUGUUCCUGCUCUUCUGCAGUGCCUACCUCUACAAACAGGGCUUCGCCAUCCCUGGCUCCAGCUUCCUGAACGUUUUAGCGGGUGCUUUGUUUGGACCAUGGCUGGGGCUUCUGCUGUGCUGUGUGUUGACAUCAGUGGGCGCCACAGGCUGCUACCUGCUCUCCAGUAUUUUUGGCAAACAGCUGGUGGUGUCCUACUUCCCGGAUAAAGUGGCCGUGCUGCAGAGGAAGGUGGAGGAGAACAGAAACAGCUUGUUUUUUUUCCUACUGUUUUUGAGACUUUUCCCCAUGACGCCAAACUGGUUCUUGAACCUCUCGGCCCCGAUUCUGAACAUUCCCAUCGUGCAUUUCUUCUUCUCUGUUCUUAUCGGUGGGCAAGAACUGGAAAAGCUGAGGUGUGUUUUAUGUUGGACAGAAAGACGACAGAGUUGUAGCUUCUCAGUUCCCAGAAGCAAUGAACCAGAGAGAUCCACAGAACAGUGUGGUCUCAAGUCCUAGGAUGGAAACUACAGCCUUUGAAGGUACUUUCCAGCCCUGUGACCCACUAAGUGACAAGGCCUCGUUCUGGAAUUUCUCUAGUCUUGUUAUGGGAUGACAUCACAGCUAGACAUUUGAUGUCAUGCCAUAUAUAUACCUUUUUUUUUAGCCUCCUUGCUAAAUCCAACUAGGAGGAAAAAAGGUUGGUUUUGUGCGGUCUGGCCAGAUGGAGAUUACAAACUAUGUUGCCAGUUCUUGAAACUCUCUACCCAUAAACCCUUGGUAGAAACUUCCUAGGUCUGUUCCUCUCAGGGCAUUAAAUAAAUUCUUUUUUUGCUUCUAAUGUAGUCCCAUGAUUUUAUUUCUAAAGAAAGUUGAGAAAGUUUACAGCUUUUGAAGUAUUUGUCCAUCCACUCAGUCAUCUGCCCAAGAGGAACUUUCAGAGCAAGUCAAAAUCACAACGUAUCCACUGGACUCCAGGGUAGAACACCAACCCUCAGAUGAUUGUUGUUGUACAAAGAAAAAGCAGAAAUACAAGUAAGAUGAAUACCAGGGAGCUCCCAAAUGGAAGUUCCAUUUUCAUUCCUUCAUAAAAAUCCAUAAUAAUUCAUGGUUAGCAAUAAACACAUUGUGCUACACUGUAAACCACACCUUCCGAUCAACAGAAAAUGAGAAUGAUAGUAAUUAUAAAAUAAAAUAACAAUGAUAAUGCCAUAACUUAAGAUCUUUUGUGUAGUCCAGCCACAGAAUUUAUACAAAAUGGAAUAAUUUAAUGCAAACAAUACUGUUCUCUGUAUAAGUUAAACAUUUUCCUUUAUCCUACCUAAAAGCUAUAAAUUAUAGACACCAAAUUUUAAAUCAGUGUCGCAAAAUAAAAUGUAAACAAGUGGAGGGACUGAACAAGCAGAAAGAACUGCUCUACAUUCCCUCUUGCCUUUCCUUUUUGGCUGAUGUAAUCAAUGAAACCCAGAGGAGGGCAACAUUUUCAUCUGCAUUGGAAAUGGUUUAAUACCUGUAUGUGUAAAUCUUUCUUCAUGUUCAAUAUGAUGCAAUAUCAAAGAGGCUAGCUAUCUUCUUCAGGUCUUGAGCCUAGAGAGGUUGUCUGACAGUAACCUCUCUUAGAGACAGACAUAGGAACUAGGCCAACAUCUGUGUUUAUUUUAAAUUCUAGAUAAAAAUUUCCUUAAGGCCAAUGAAGUACCUUGGGAUGCUUUUCAGAGCCCAUAAUCCUGGAAACAGGAAGGACCUCAUGCCUCGGACAAUGUAAAGUCUUUCUAAUUGCUGCUCAGCAUCAGUUCUUUUGUAAUUUCCAAUCCAGAUAUUCAAAACUGCAUUGAUCCAAAGUGAAGUAAAAUACAUUUUACAAGUAGCAUUUAACAAAAACGCUACUGUGGUGGGAGGGGGGUUGCCUUUUGCAAGUUGCUUAUUUUGCUUUUAUUCUGAUAGUAUAGCCAGUCACUAAAGCUUCCAGGAUGGAAUGAGUUAAUGAAUAAAAGCAGGAAGGAUGGUUGGGAUUGGACAUUGGACAGACUCACACAUAUCCUAGCUGCCUUCAAAGUCUGUUCUGUUUGAAUCAGUAGGACUCUUAGUAGACAAGCAACCUGAUUCCAGAGAGGGGUGAUCCCAUCUUCUCCAUGUAGCUGAACUGAGACAUUCUGAGAAUAUGUACUUUUACAAAUUCCACAUUUGCUUUUUGAACACUGUUGUGAAUUUCCUUUUCCCCAUUCUUCUCUCCUCCCAAGCCCCCUGCUCUUUUUUUUCUCUAAAGGAAGUAGUCAAUAGGUGGAAAGGAAAUUGGCUGUAAGAAAGUGGCACUUAAGUCAGAAAAACAAACACAUUGGUCAAGGUAGCACUUUUGGCAAGGUAAUGACACUGAGAGCAUUAAAGGUGAAGGACCAGGUUUGAAGCUAUCUUAAGUCUCACUACCAAAUGCUGCUUAAAAUUUUAAAAAUGAAAUCAGCUUCUACAUACACAGUUUUUUUUUCGUCCUAAAGGAAACACAUGCCCUCAAAAACCUUGUGUGACAGAACCUGGUCACAAACUUUUUCUAAGCCAUUUCCAUCACCCAUCUGGAUAAGCUGGUUCAACUUAAUGUGGUCUAUUCACGUUACCUGGAA